AUGGCUGCUCCUGGCGCUGCUGCGGAGGUGGAGGUGGAGGUGGGAGAUGGGGCGCUGGAGAGGGGCACCGGCGGCGGUGGCGGAGGAGGAAGCCGCAGGGGUGGAACAAUCGCUACAUUUGAGAAUGUCGGGUCACUUGGGGUGGUAGCAAAUUUGACGGUCUAUCUUGUGAAGCGAUUCAACUUUGGGCAGCUCACAGCAAUAAACACUACCAGCAUUUUCUUCGGCACGUUGAACUUCGCGCCGUUGCUAGGUGCCUUCAUCUCUGACGCCUACUUGGGAAGGUUCAGAACCCUUGCCUACGGGUCCUUCUUUAGCCUCCUGAUGGAGUACUUGCUAAAAGCAUGUAGAAUUCAGUAUUGGUUAAAGUUUCUUAACAAAGGUGCGAUUUUAAGGGAUGGUGAUAUAAAUGACGAUGGUUCCGCAAGAAAUUCAUGGGAGCUUUGCAGUAUCCAACAGAUAGAAGAGGUCAAAUGUUUGAUAAGAAUUGUUCCUAUUUGUAUAUCUGGCAUCGUAUGCUUCGUCGCGUUGGUUCAACAAUACAGCUCUGCAAGCUUUCAAGCAUUAACAAUGGACUGUAACCUUGGAACACAUUUUGAAAUCCCUGCAGGCUCUGUUAUAUCCAUAUCCUUUAUCGCCCUAACUGCAUUCUUGCCGAUUUAUGACCGAAUAUUGGUACCUAUAGCUAGAAGAUUCACCGGAGUGGAAAGUGGAAUUACACUUCUUCAGAGACAGGGUAUAGGAUUGGUGAUUUCUCCCAUAUCAACGGUGGUAGCAGGGCUUGUUGAACACAAAAGGAGAAACUCAGCAUUGUCUAAUGGAGGAAAAUCACCUAUGUCAGUCUUUUGGCUUGCCCCCCAAUUGAUUUUAAUGGGUAUUGCUGAUGCCUUCAAUGCAGUUGGACAAUUAGAAUUCUAUAAUAAGCAGUUUCCAGAGCAUAUGCUAACCCUAGCAGGAUCCCUCUUUUACGUUACUUUAGCUGGAGCGGGCUAUUUGAGUGCUGCUAUGACAAACAUCACAAAAAAAGUGACUACCAGAGAUGGCCACAGAAGCUGGAUCGCAGACGAUAUUAAUCUCGGCAAGCUUGACUAUUACUUUUAUUUAAUUGCCCUCAUGGGAGUACUGAACCUUUUCUACUUCCUCAUAUGCUCCCACUACUAUCAAUACAAAUCCAUUUCACACUAUGCCGAGGAACCCAUCAAAAUACAGACCAAGGAAGAGGCAGAAGGAGCGAUGGACCCCAGUAGAGAUGCACCUAACAAGUAAAUCUUGUACGGGAUAUUUGUCCCGCACACAGUAUAUACUUUGGAAAAGUUUCAUCAGGUCUUCAUGUUUUAGUACAUGGCACAUGACAUUAUUAUCUUUUGAAUGUGAUGAAGAACAAGUGUGCCUUCUUUUAGUGAGGAUGUAUGACUGUUACCCAAGGAGUAUCAACAAAGAGCUAAAAUGUCUUCUGUAUUUCAAUCUCAUGAAGUGCGAGUGUUUGGAACAUAGUGAACCCAACAAUUUUUUCUUUGUUCUGUAAUAACUUAAUCUUGGUGAAGCUUAAUUAAGUCUGUUAGUAUAUGUUUGACACAGUUCACUGAAG